AUGGGAAUUCUCGCCACUUCGAUCACAAACGACUCCAUCAUUAUACCAGUGGGAUUUUACAUUAUCGGAUUUGAGUAUUUAAAGUUUACAGCUUUAUAUUUGAUUUUCCUCACCGUCCUUUAUAUUGUAACGAUCUUGUCAAACUCAUUCAUUCUGUCAAUAAUAUGGGUAGAUAAUCGCCUGCACACUCCAAAGUACAUUGCUGUGUCUAAUCUGGCAAUCGUCGACUUGUUGUUCAGCACAACCCUUAUUCCAAGUAUGAUCAGAGUGUUUCUCGCGAAAGAUAACUUUAUUUCGUACAACGCAUGCUUGACACAGAUGUUUUUUUAUUACUGCUUUUUCUCAUUAGAGUCGUUUUCCCUCAGCGUACUUGCCUAUGACAGAUUAAUUGCAAUAUGUUUCCCACUGAGGCAUAAUUCUAUCAACACUCCCAUUAGAAUGAUCAGUAUCUUAGGGGCUGGUUGGUUGUUUUGGGGAAGCGCCAUGUUGUUCCUCGUCGUGAUCUUGAACAAAUUGUCUUUUUGUGAUUCCCUCACUGUGCACAACUAUGUAUGUGAGUACGCUGCCGUGUUCUUUCUAUCGUGCAAUGACUAUACACUGCAAUGGAUCGCUAGCUCUACUGUGAGUAUACUUUUUCUGUUUGGGCCCCUUACUUUAAUCAUCCUGUCAUACGCCUGUAUUUUGAGAGCUGUGUUUAGAAUGAAUACUGUCGAGAGUAGGUACAAAGCACUUGCAACGUGCACAGAACAUUUUAUUCUCGUCGCUAUUUUCUACGGGCCAACCAUAUCGCUGUACAUCAUUGAACUUUUUUUAUUCCACACCGAUCCAAACAUCAAAAUGGUGAACUUGUCAUUAGCCUCAAGUAUCCCGUCCUGUCUGAACCCCAUUGUGUAUUCCCUGGCAACCAAAGAAAUCAGGAACAAAAUACUGGCUAUGCUCAAAAAAGUCAAAGUAGCAGCGUGGACGGGGCAGUAA